CCAAACAUGCACAUAUAGUUUUGUCUAUAAAUUUGGUCAAAUUAUAUUAUUACAUAACAGGUUUAGUUAGUUAAUGUGUCAUUUCUCUGGAGUUGAAAUAUCAAUGCAUCUCAUCAAUUUUCUUUAAUGGUUUGGAAAUUAAGUGCAAAUUGGCUACUCUUGUGUUAAUAUAUGGAUUACGUGCCAGUUCACGAUGACAUUUAUGUUCCUAAUAUAACUCGCAAAACCGGUGUUGUCCCCCGCACCAAAUAUAUAUAUUUGGAAGCUCGUAUAGCCAAUUCCUCCUUUGAUUUUUAUCUUAAACUAAGCACUCAUUCGAUUUUAGGUAAUUUAGAAAAUGCCAUUUAUUGUUAUUAUAUAGUGAUAUUUCUAUUUAAACAUUCUAAAUUAAGUAUAUGGAAAAACCAAUUUUGAGAGGACAUAAUUCGCAAGAAAAGUCAGAUGAAUUUAUUUUUUCCCCCUUGUUUAUUACAUCUAUAGACAUUUCAGAUACUUAGAUUAGUUUUUUCUUUUUCGACGAGCACUGGAAUUUUCAGUAACGGAGCUGUGUACAAGAUGUAAAUCCAAAUACAUCCCAAAAUAGAGAAAAGAAAGAAAAUGAGUAAUUACGGAUAUUAUAUAUUAUGAAAAGAAACAUGCAAAAAAUUGUUAGAUUCCCGCGAAAUUCUCCUUAACUAAAUUUCAAAGGCUUUGCCUUUAUUUCCCUUUUCAACCUCUAAAAAAAAAGUUCUCUUGUUUUCUCCUACAUUUCCUCACUAUCAAUCUUUGUUUCUCCCCACCAUUUUCACCUCAAUCCAACCUGUUUUUUUUCCCUGAUCUUUCUCUCUCCUCUUCCCCCUUCAAAAAAAAAAAACCCAGUUUUCCUCAUAAUCUCCCACCCCCCACCAAAGAAAAGAUUAAGAAGAAAAAGCACACCUUCGAAUUUCCGAACCUCGCCCACCCCAUUCCUUCCUCAGCAUCCCUUAUUAUCUCCUUUCUCCUGCCUUUCUCCCAUGGGCAAUUGUUGCCCUCGAGGCAACGCAGCCCCUAGCGAACCCCUCGACGAUCAAAAGGGCAUUUCCACCUCCGGCAACAGCAAUGCUAUUCCUAAUCCUAGCACGCAAAAACCGGAGGCUUCCACUAAGCCCACCCCUCCUUCCUCCUCGGGUACAACCCACAAUAAGAACACCAAGACGGCUCAAAAUGGGCCUGUAUUGGGCCGGCCUAUGGAGGAUGUCAAGACCACAUAUAGCUUUGGUAAGGAGCUAGGUCGAGGACAAUUCGGGGUGACUCAUUUAGUAACCCAUAGACAAACAGGGGAGCAAUUUGCAUGUAAGACCAUUGCUAAGAGGAAGCUGGUGAAUAAGGAGGAUAUUGAGGAUGUUAGGAGAGAAGUUCAAAUCAUGCAUCAUCUAACGGGUCAACCCAACAUCGUUGAGCUUAAGGGCGCGUUUGAAGACAAGCAUUCGGUGCAUUUGAUUAUGGAGCUUUGUGCUGGUGGGGAGCUCUUUGAUCGUAUCAUUGCUAAGGGCCAUUUUACUGAACGUGCUGCUGCUUCGUUGCUUAGGACUAUCGUUCAAAUCGUGCAUACUUGCCAUUCUAUGGGUGUCAUUCAUCGUGAUCUUAAGCCUGAAAAUUUCCUUCUUUUGAAUAAGGAUGAGAAUUCACCCCUCAAGGCUACAGAUUUCGGUCUUUCUGUCUUUUACAAGUCAGGGGAAACAUUCAAGGACAUUGUUGGGAGUGCAUAUUACAUUGCACCAGAAGUCUUGAAGAGAAAAUACGGGCCAGAAGUUGACAUAUGGAGUGUUGGUGUUAUGCUAUACAUUCUUUUAUGUGGAGUUCCUCCCUUCUGGGCUGAAACCGAACAUGGUAUAUUCAAUGCAAUCUUAAGGGCUCAUAUCGACUUUACAAGUGAUCCAUGGCCCUCAAUUUCCCCACAAGCAAAGGACCUUGUCAGGAGGAUGUUGAACGCUGACCCAAAACAAAGACUUACAGCUUAUCAAGUUCUCAAUCAUCCGUGGAUUAAGGAGGAUGGAGAAGCUCCUGAUACUCCUCUUGACAAUGCUGUCCUAGAUAGAUUGAAACAGUUCAGAGCAAUGAACAAGUUCAAAAAAGUUGCCCUAAGGGUUAUCGCUGGAUGUUUAUCGGAGGAAGAAAUCAUGGGACUAAAAGAGAUGUUUAAGAGCAUGGACGCUGACAACAGUGGGAGUAUAACUCUUGAAGAGCUAAAGCAAGGCAUGCAAAAGCAAGGGACUAAGCUAUCAGAGUACGAGGUCAAGCAGUUGAUGGAAGCAGCGGAUGCAGAUGGAAAUGGAACUAUAGACUAUGAAGAGUUUAUCACAGCAACAAUGCACAUGAACAGAAUGGACAGAGAAGAGCAUUUGUACACUGCAUUCCAGUACUUUGACAAAGACAACAGCGGGUACAUUACAAUGGAAGAGCUAGAGCAAGCUCUACAAGAGUUCGGCAUGCAUGAUGGAAGAGACAUUAAGGAAAUAGUUUCCGAAGUGGAUGGUGAUAAUGAUGGUCGAAUCAACUACGAUGAAUUCGUUGCUAUGAUGAGGAAAGGAAAUCCUGAGGCAGGAAACUUGAAGAAAAGACGCAGUUUAGCAGUAUGAGGAAUGCACACUAUCAGCAAUUAAGCCUGCAUUCUUCAAACUUGCUAAAUUAACCUUCUAUGAAAUUGAUGAUUGUAUAAAUGCUUUCUGUAUAAUGAAUGUUUAAGCCUAAGAAAGGGGGUGGGGGGCUAACAACAACACGAAAAAAAAAAGCUUUUGGACGGUCUUACACGGGUGUAUAGUGAAUGCAUUAAGAUUGCCGGGGUGUUGAUUCUUUGUUCAAUAUAAAUAAAGAUAUUUUUCU